UGUUUCCGUCUCUAAGUAUCUUGCCUCAUACGGAAACCCAGUCUCUGCAUCAUCCAUGGCUUCCGCCUAUUCAUCCAUGGCCUCAAUCUUUCUCCUCCUCCUCUCUCUGGCCCUCCUCUUCGAAACCCACCUCGCCAUCCCCCCCACCGAGGACGUCCACGACCUCCUCCCCCAUUUCGGCUUCCCCCGGGGCCUGAUCCCCUCCUCCGUCAAGGAGUACUCUCUGUCGGAGGAUGGAGAAUUCGAGGUCCAUAUGGAUCACCCCUGCUACGUUCAGUUUGAUGACCUUGUGUACUACGACAAGAAGAUCAAGGGUCAUCUCAGUUAUGGGUCGGUCUCCGAUGUGACCGGGAUUCAAGCCAAGAAGUUCUUCUUGUGGGUCCCCGUCACCGGAAUUGAUGCCGCCUCCGGUUACAUCCAGUUUCACGUCGGAGCCUUGUCGGAGACGCUUCCAGCGGAACAGUUCGAAAAUGUCCGCGUCUGUAAGGCCAAGGCGUUGAUUGAUUCUAUCUGAGAGAGUGAUGCUGAAGUUAGGAUAAUUGUGGUGCAGGGGGAGCCUAAAUGAGUGAUGAUGGAAGGUUGGUGUAGCCAGGGGGAGGUUGAAGUUUCCAGUUUCCAGUUUCGUCCAUAUUACUGGGUGAAGUAAAGAUGCAGAUUUGGAAGUAGUAUCAGAUUGUUGUAAUAUUAAAAUAUAUCCCAAAAAUAAUACCAUUACUUGUAUCCACUAUCCACUCCUCACCAACUCAUCUCAUACAUCUGUCUUUUGUAAAUCUCUUGCUUUUUUUUUUUUUGAUCACUUAUCACACUAUGAAAACAUUGUUUCUCUUAAAUUUGUUGUUUUUCUUGUAGCA